UCCAAGUUGCUUGAACUUCCUUCGAUUUCGACAGUAAAUUGUUGAAAUUGUUGCCGGAGUACCGAGCAGGAACUUUGCAGUAUCAGGAGAAAUAUAUUUUCAACUCACCAUGUCUUCACUCGUCGAAACCUUGACUGCCUCGGGCGGUGCCGAAUCACCAGGCUUUGUGAAUGACCUCAUUAAGCAACUAUGGCCGAACUUGGCUGUCGCGAUUGGUCGCACGGUUAAGAGUGUUGCAGAGCCCAUGUUCGCGUCGAUGCUGCCCUCGCCCCUGAAUACCCUGCGUUUCCUCAAGAUGGACCUGGGACACAUUCCCAUUCACGUCGAGAACAUCGAUGUCCACAAUUCCGACAGCGAGGGCAUCAAGCUAGACCUGGAUCUUCUCUGGGAUGGUACUUGCGACAUUGAGUUGGAUGCCAACAUGAUGCCCAAGAUUGGAGUCGAGCACGUCAAGCUUCGCGGGAGACUGUCUGUCCUUCUAUGCCCCUUGACAAAUGUUCUCCCUUGUAUCGGCGCCCUCCAAGUCGCCUUCAUCAACAAGCCCGACCUCCAAGUCACUUACACCGACGCCGCCAGCAUUGCCAGCCUCGGUGUUCUCGACAAGGCCCUGCGCAACGUGAUCCUGAGCAUCAUAUCGUCCAUGGCCGUUCUCCCCAACCGGUUCCUUGUCAAACUGGACCCGGCCAACGACUUUUUCAAGACCUACCAGCACCCUCUCGGCGUGUUACGGCUCACGGUCGAGUCAGGCUCCAACUUCGGCGAGGAGCUCGGCCAGACCCGGAACUUCCUCAAGAAGCUCGUCCACGACGUCCCCGACUGCUUCGUCGACGUGAACGUCGCGGGCGGGCCCGAGUGGCGCACCAAGACGGUCAAGAACAACCACCACCCGGAGUGGAACGAGACGCAGGACUUUUUGGUCGCCGACCACGACCAGGCGAUCGAGGUGGACGUCAAGGACGACGACACGGCGAGCGACGACGACAUUGGCCUCGCGGCCACGACGGUCAAGCAGCUGCUCCUUGCUGGCGGACGGCAGGAGCUGAGGUUGGUGCACAAGCAGGAGCAGACGGAUGGGAAGCUGGCGCUCAGCGGGAAGUUCCAUCGAUUCGUCCCCGACGCCGCGAGCCUCUCGGGGACGGAGGACGGGGUGCUCGGGUUGGUCACCGUGCUGGUGGCGUCGGUCCGGGGCAUCACGGGCCGGCGCGAAGACCUCAAGCCGAGCGUCAAGGUCGAGUGGGGCGAUCAGCUGUUCAGGACUGCCGUCAAGACGGAUGCGCCCGGCACGGAUAUCGAGAACCCGUCCUUCGACCGGGGCUUCCAGUUCCCGGUCAAGUCGGGCAUGGUUGGCGGCGGCGCGCCAGUCAAGAUCACCCUAAUGGACGCCGAGAACGAGACGGGGUCGGUCGCGGUGGAGCUCGACGAGGUUCUCGGGGCGGAAGGCAUGAAGUUGGAGAAAGACUUUGACGUCGGGCAUGGUGUCACGGUGCGCGCUGGAAUCUGGCUGAGGGGGACAAAGCUCGCCGAGUAGGAGCCUGGGCGUCUCGUCGGAAUUACACUCCCCCGCCUCUUGUCUCGUCGGUCCUCUGCGUGCGUGAGGUGGGGGGUUUGUUCAC